AUGAAGUCUCAGCAAAAAGGAAAAUUUCCCAGUGACACUGAGGUUAACCCACGGGAACAAUGCAAUAUGAUCACUCUAAGGAGUGGUAAAAUGGUUGAAGAAAGCAAACCUAAGAAGAUUAUGGUGCCUACGUCGGAUGUCAUAGUUACAGAGGAAAGGCGGAGUGAAAGGUUCAUGAAGAAGAAAUUUGAUGACCAAUUUGCAAAAUUCCUGGAAGUCUUCAAGAAAAUCCACAUCAACAUUCCCUUUGCAGAAGCUUUGGCCCAAAUGCCUAACUACGCCAAAUUCUUGAAGAAAGUGAUGUCAAAUAAGAAGAAGCUGGAGAAGUUCGAGACAAUUAAGCUAACAGAGGGGUAUAGUGACAUACUUCAGAAGCUUUCUCACAAAUUGAAAGAUCUGGGCAGCUUCAACAUCCCAUGCAAUAUUGGUGGUAUCACAUUUGAUAGGGCACUGUGCGACCUUGGAGCUAGUAUAAACCUGAUGCCCCUAUCAGUGUUCAAAAAGCUAGGUCUUGGAGAAGUGAAGCCCACAACCCUCACUUUGCAACUGGCGGACAGAUCGAUCACAUAUCCCAAAGGCAUGAUUGAAGAUGUAUUGGUGAAGGUCGAUAAGUUCAUCCUUCCUAUGGACUCUGUGAUGUUGGACAUGGAAGAGAACGAUGAAAUACUGUUGAUUCUUGUCGACCUUUCCUAG